AUGGUCAAACACAAGGACUACAAGAAGAGCGACUUAGUGAGCAUCCUGUCGUCGAACGUUAGCAAGGAGAGGAACAAAGCGGUGAAACUCCUGAAGAAGUUUGAGCCCCUCCCGAGGAAGCACCUGGAUAGCAAAUUCGACCCCAAGAGUGCAAUUGUGCACAAAUACAGUUCUUUGAAGGCCUUCAUGUGCUGGAGGUGCGACAAAGUCAAGCAGACGAAUGUGAAGGUUCACUGGGACACUGCCGAAGGACUGAAGAUCAUCUGCACCUCAUGCCAUGGGAACCUGCUCGCAAUGAGAGAGGUGGAGAAAGUGAGAAAAGAAAACAAUACCAACAGGGAAAUUGUCAAAAAUUUGAGCAACAUGUAG